AUGGGCACAGAGCGACACUUUGAGACAACGAUCCAGGGGCAGAGUGAAGGGAAGGGGCGGAUUCCAGACCCGCGGGACUGGAAGAAUGGACAGGAUUUGGUGAUGGUCUCAGGGCGAGAGUUGAAAGACAAUGAGGAUAACUCCAAGGUGGCCAAGGUAGAGCUGUUGUCUGCGCACCCUGGCCCCAUGAACGGCACGGAGCCAGUGGCCGAGUUCAGCCUGCUGGGCCUGCUGGGCGGCCCCGACCGCCACCCGCUGCUCUUCCUGCUCUUCCUAGGCCUCUACCUGCUCAACGUCCUGGGCAACGGGUCCAUGGCGCUGCUGGUUUGGGGGCGGGGGCGGCGGGCCGACCCCCGCCUCCGCGCCCCCAUGUAUUUCUUCCUGAGCCACCUGAGCAUCGUGGAUCUGCUGUUCGCCUCGGUCACCGUGCCCCAGCUCCUGGCCGGCCUGCUGACCCCUGGGCCCCGGGCCAUGCUCCCGCAGGCUUGCUUCACCCAGAUGUACUUCUUCGUGGCUCUGGGCAUCACCGAGAGCUACCUGCUGGCCGGCAUGGCCUACGACCGGGCCGUGGCCGUGGGGCGGCCGCUGCUGUAUGGGGCCGUGAUGACCCGGCGCCGCUGCGGCCUGCUGGUGGGCGGCGCCUGGACCGUGGCCCACCUGCACGCGUUGCUGCACACGCGGCUCAUUGCCAGCCUGGCCUUCCCGCGGCCCGCCCGCCUGCGCCACUUCUUCUGCGACAUGACGGUCCUGCUGAGCCUGGCCACGUCGGACACCUCGGUCUGCGAGGCGGUGGUGCUGUCAGAGGGCCUGGCCGUGGUACUGGCGCCGCUGGUCUGCGUGGGCCUCUCCUACUGGCGCAUCCUGUUGGCAGUGCUGCGGGCGCGCCACCCCGGGGGCCCCCACCGCGCCCUCUCCACCUGCGGGGCCCACCUGACCGUGGUGGCCCUCUUCUUCGGUUCCGUGCUCUCUGUGUACUUCCGACCGCCCGCCCACUUCGCCCCCCGCUACGACCGCGUGGCCGGCGUGGUGUACGCCGUGGUCACCCCCACCCUCAACCCCUACAUCUACAGCCUCCGCAACCGCGAGGUCAAGGGGGCCCUGCGGCGGGCACUCACAAGGAAGACGGGGCCCGGAGGGACUUGA